UUUCUCGCCUGUCGGGAUUAUUUUUCAUCUUAGGGUAUAUUUUCAUUCUUUCCUUUUUUCAGUCAAUUAUGCUUCACUUAAAUAAUUUUUAUGCUCAUGCCCUCUCUUUAUCUUCUAUUCGCUUUUCAUCACAUUCAACGGCCAAAAGAUUAUUAAAAAACUACAAAUUUCCAGAAAUAUUGCCCAAAGACUGUGAAGAACAAUAUAUUAGAGGAUGGGGCCCAGGCGGUUCCUGUGUCAAUUCUUCUAGUAAUGCUGUUUUGUUAAAACAUAAACCGACUGGUUGCUUUGUUAAGGUACACCAAUCUAGAAUAUUGAGAGAAAAUAUUAAAAUUGCUUAUGAACGGCUAAAGAUUGAAGUAGAUAAACACUUGAAUGGAGAGAAUAGUUAUUCUGUUCAAUUUAACCGUAUAAUAUCUCAACUUGAAGAAAAAACGAAAAAGUCAAGUCAACGCAAACGGCAGACAAUGGCCGAGCUUAAAGCUGAAGGGGAAAUGAUACGUGAAAUUAACAGGGAAAGGGAGAAUAAAGGGGAAGAAGAGAGGUAAAAAAUAAAAUUAUAAACCCAAAAUAUUUAUUUCGAAUUAAAUGCCAAUUUAUGAAAAAUUUAUUAAAUAGUCAAUUUAAUUAUCAUAUGAAUUAUCCCAAAAAAUUUUCAUCCCAUAGUUUCAUUUUUUUCUUUUUUACUUCAUUCUUUUGUUCUCUUAAGCUUCCUUUACCAUAUUCAUCUUAUUCCGGUGGUCCAACUGGAUAACGAUUACGUCUUGGAGUCAAGGUUGUUGUUAUAUUGACUGGCUUUUUUGUAGUGGGUAGAUCUUCUGGUCCAGAUGGGUAUGGGUUUCGUGGAGGUUUGGUUGAUGGAGCUGCUGGGGGUUGGGGAUAUCCAGGCUGCGGAGUAGAUGCUGGUGCUUGGGGAUAUCCAGGUUGUUUUGGAGUAGGUUCUGGUCCAGAUGGGUAAGGGUUUCGUGGAGGUUUGGUUGAUGGAGCUGCUGGGGGUUGGGGAUAUCCAGGCUGCGGAGUAGAUGCUGGUGCUUGGGGAUAUCCAGGUUGUUUUGGAGUAGGUUCUGGUCCAGAUGGGUAAGGGUUUCGUG